CGCCAUACAACAGCGCUAAGUAUAGUGCAGUUAGUGCCUGAAGAAACCUUGACUACGGUAUGUGUUGCACCUACAAUACAGUACCUUACCUCAGGUUGUCCAUCUGGAUCGAGCUUUCCAGAUUACCAGGCUAAGGUACGGAGGUACACAACUGGUCAAAUCGUACGGUACCAGAAGACACCAUGCUAGCUGAGUAUAUCAGCAUGCAUCUCGCUCUGUCUUUUCUUGAGAUGAAAGUGGCAUGAUUCAGCUUGGAAACCGUGCGACAAAUAUGGCCAGUUCUCUCAAGUGCGACAAGCUCUUCAGCGUUGCCGGCCUCGUCGCCGUAAUCACGGGGGGCGGCACAGGUGCUAUUCGUGGUCAACAGGUGUUGGGCUGAUGAUGGCCACUGCCCUGGCAGAGAAUGGUGCAUCAAAAGUCUACGUUGUUGGACGGCGUGAGGAAAAGCUCCGGGAAGCUGCAGCUUUGUAUCCUGACAUCCUCAUUCCACUACCUGGCGAUGUCACUUCAAAGGACAGCUUGGAGGCCAUGGCGAAGCGUGUGAGCCAAGAAGCUGGCUACAUCAAUUUGUUAGUGGCCAAUGCCGGCAUGGCGGGGCCUGGACUCAGAGGAAUCGGCCCCCGCGCAACGGCGACCGACUUUGUGCGCAGUGCCUGGACGACGCCCAUGCCUGAAUUUGACAAGGUCUACAACCUUAAUUGCACUGCAACUUACUACACCAUCCUGGCCUUUCUUGAGCUGCUCGAUGCGGGCAACAAACGGCGCCAACCUGGAGACUCGCCCAGCCAGGUUGUAGCGACGUCGAGCAUGGUUGCCUUCCAGCGGGACCCUCGGUACGGCUUUGCCUACCUGAGCAGCAAAGCAGCAUUGGUCAGCAUGGUCAAGAGCUUUGCCACAUUCGGUGUGUCUUGGGGCAUCCGUUUCAACACCAUCGCGCCUGGCUUGUUCCCUUCAGAUCUUUCCGCGCCGGCCUUGAUACCGUUCAGGAUAUCCAAAGACAAGGAUCUCACUGAGGAAGGUGCAUUCGCUCGCUCUUUCCUACCUGCUGAACGAGCUGGGUCAGCCGAGGACAUUGCAGGAGCUUUGCUGUACCUCGCAAGCAAGGCGGGGGCGUAUGUGAAUGGCAGUGUGUUGCUUGUAGAUGGAGGCAAGAUAGCAACUGUGCCUGCAACCUAUUGACACGAAUUGCGAUAUGUCAGUCAGCUGGAGCUGGAGGAUUCGGCUGACGCAUGGAAUUGCUCUGGAACACAGGAUCCUAUCUUACCUACCUUGUACAAUAUUUAUAGUUAUUAUCUUAAGCUUGGUAUUCGAUGACUUGAGUUUUAAGGUUCUGAUGGUCGGGUAACCUUAGGUAGGGGCGGAAGAGAGUGGUGGAGGUCAGCACUCACCCGUACUCCCGAAGGUUCCGGGUUGGGU